CUUUAAGUGAUGAAUAUAUUAAACACCUAUCUGUUGCUUUUUAUUCGUAACUUUUCGACAGUUUUCACAUACACUAUCUUUCGCAUUUACACUGAUUUCACAAAUCAUAUCAUAUGGUGCGUAUUAUAAGAAAUUGGAACUUCCGCCAUCUAACAAUAAAUUGAAGAAAGUAUCCAAGUUCAGCCACAGACUUAAGAUGCGUACAGACGUUGCACCUUAUGGGGAUUUUUGUACAAUACAGGAUUUUAGGCUUGUAGCAGGAAUCUGAUUAGCUUUAUACUUCAUUUUUGCUAUGACUGUCUCAUAUGAUUUAUCAACAAUAAAUUUAUAAGACGCGUACAUUUAGACAAUGGAAGUAGUAUCUAUUCAAUAGAACUUCAUGAUAAUGCAGUUUUCAUUAAUUCACAAACGCAAAUAUUUUUAUAAAUACAUUUACUAUAUAAAUUACAGGUAUAAAAUUCAACUUAUCUUAAAAAUAUUAAGCGUCUAGGAGAAAAUCUAAUUCCAGCAUACGAUAGAACAUGUAUAUAUAUAUACACGUUUACAUAUAAUUAUUAAGUCUCCCCUAUAUAUAUAUAUAAUUUCGAGAUAUAAAGAUAAAAAAUUUUUACAAGAAUUACGCUUGUAUAUAAACUGUUUGGUUCAAAUGUUCAGUUCAAAAAAAGAGUCAGCGAAGCUAUAACGUAAGAGUGUAAGAAGUGGGGUACGGAUAAGAAUUACAAAUCCUCCACCACUGCAAAAUGAUGAUUAGUUCUUCGUACUCUGUUACGUUGUUCAGAGGAAAGAGCGUGAUCUUGUGCACACGAAUAUAUAUUGCGUAGUACGACUUACAUUUUUAUUAUAUAGUAAUUCUGUAUAGGAGGUGUCAUGUACGCAGGGAAGUCUAAUAAUCCGCAGGGGAUGUUGUGCAUACAAGAAAUUCUAAUAGUCAGCUGGUAAUAUAAAUCAGGUUUCUUUGCAACAAUUGUUUGAUGAGAAUCGGAAACAUUUAGAACAGCAGAUUCAAAAUAUUCAGUUGUUAAGGGUUGUUAAUGCGUUAGAAGAAGCAAUUACCGUACCAAAAUAUAAAAAUACUUUCAUUACUGCAGAACAAGCUAAUUAUUUAGGUCAGGCAUAUCAAUUAGCUGGCCAAUCUUCAUUGAGUGUGCGGUAUGAGAGAACUGCCGCGAACCUCGUUAAAAAAUGUAUGAACCCAGAAGUAAAAGAGUAUAGCAAUGAAAAACAGCGCAUAAAAGCCAUUAUUAUUGGAGAAAUUAAAGAGUACAAAAAUAAUUUAGUUCGAGUAAAAGGUUAUAUAGAAGAAAAAUUUCAUAAACCUCUUAGCUUUGUCGACGAUGCUUAUAUUGAACGAAAGUAUAUGAAAUAUUGUUCAGAAUUUUGGAUACAGGAAAUAAUAGAUUUCUUAAAAAGAUCGACUGAUAGUAAAAGCUGCAUUUUUAGUCAAGAAAUUUUUAGCUCAUUAGAUAGUAUCGAAAGCUUAAGCAAUAUUCCUAAUUUCUUUAAACAACUAGAGUAUUAUAAGCUUUUAAUAGAACAUUAUCCAUUGGUAAGUAAGAAGAAUGAAAAAAUUCUCAUAAGUCGAUUUAAGAAAGAGUAUUUGGAACAAACGGCUGCCUACACUGAUUAUGCUGAAAAAGAAUUACUAUUUCUGGAAACUUUUCUUGAUUUUUUAAGUAUCUCUACAAAUCUUCAGUCAAUUAUUGCUGAACUCGAAUUAGAAGAUUUUUGUUGUGGUAAAUUAUCGUUUCAUGAAUUUCUCAAAAAAAUUGUUGAUCUUGAUGUAAGCACCUAUGGUGCAAAUCUAGCAGCUUUGCAAGAAGUAGCAAAAUGUCUACAGCAGGAAAAUGACCUAUUUUUAAUAGAUAAAUUUAAGGAAGUGAUAGGUGCUUAUCUGAAGCCAGUUCGAAUACAAGAAAGAAAAACAGAUGAUCGAUUAGUUAUCGAAGUAAGAGGAAAGAAUGUUGUUGUCAGUGAAAUUUUAUGGCGGCUAGAAAAUAAUCUUUCAAAAAAUUCCAAUGUAGAAGAAGUACGGUUUGUUGGUGCUGAUGUCAUACAUAUUGAUUCAAACCUUAAAAGUGAAGUUUGGCACGGAAGAAAUAUAGCUGUUCUAACAAAAGCGAUAAAAGUCCAUGAUAAAGUAACUUGGAAUGUAUCUGGAGAAGAUAACAAUCAUAGUUAUUCUAGUAAUGCAGGUACUGGGAAGGAUAGUCACGGUAAGCAAGGAAAAGAUGGUUAUCCUGGAGAAAGUGGAGGCAAUGUCUUGAUUCUGGUAGAAAAAAUAGAAAAUCCGGAAAAUUUUACCAUUAUUUCAAAUGGUGGAAAGGGCAGUAAAGGUCAAGAUGGUGGAAAUGGAAAGGAUGGCAAGGACGGAGAAAGUAUUACGAAGGAAGAAUUUAAGGAAAAAUUUCCUCCUAUCGCUGAUUUUGGUUCAGGAAGUAUAUGGAGAGGAGGUACAAUAAAAAAGAUUCUAAACAACAUUACAAAUGAUUUAUUAAGAGUAAAAACUGUGUGGUACACAGGGGCUAAUACUGCAACAAUUGAAGGAAUUAUUAUAGACAUUGAAGAUAUAGAAAGUUCUAAUGCAACGACAUGUAAAAUUGUAGGUGACAGUGGUAAUCUUCCAUUAUUAAGGUCUUUUGAACAGAAUUUUUUUAUAGAAACAGUUACAAGAAGAGGAUGUGAGAUCACCUUUUCUUUUGAGUAUGGAGAUAUUUGGAGACGUACAGUUCGUCAAGCUUUUUUUCUCUAUAAAGGGUCAUUAGGGCAACCUGGAGGACAUGGUGGAGAAUAUGGAUUGGGUGGUCAUGGAGGAUAUGCUGGCGAUAUAAUAGUGAGAAAUUUAAAAAAUAGCGAUCAGAAAUUUGGUAUUAUGAAAUGUACCAAACAAGGCGAAAAAGGAGAAAAUGGACGAGGAGGUCUAUACGGUAGGCAUGGGAGAAAUGGUUGGGAUAUGGGCUAUUUGGAUUACCAGUGCUGGAAGAAACCUAAGUUUCGUUAUGAAGGACAAUAUAUAGUAGAAUAUUAUGAUCAGGACAACAACCCAAGUGAUCGAGUAUGGUGUCCAUAUAAAAACAAAUAUGCUGGAAUCGUAGUUCCUAAUAUUGAGCAACAAAAGCAACAAGAAUAUGAAAGAAAGAAGAACACUAGACAAAAUAUUGACCGGGAGAACCAUGCACAAGCUGUAAGGAAAAGAAACAUUUUGCAAGGCAGUGUGUUGGCUAGUUAUUCUCAUAAUUUGAGUUCUAUAGAAAAAAGUACAUUACAGGAUUUGCGAUUGGAUUUAGAAAAUAUUAAACAACGUGCUUUACAAACAAAUAUUGAAAAUCAAGAACAACAAAAGGACCAGACCAUGGAAUUAGAAAUUAAACGCCAUAUUAGUUUUGUUCACCAAGAUAAAAAUGAGCCCUGUAAUGAUGCUAUACCGAGUGCCGACUAUAAAGAUACUACUAAUAUUGAUAAUUUGAUUGAUAAGUUGAAAGGUGAACCACAAUUAUUGGACAAUUGGCUACAAUUAAGGGGCAUAGAACUGAUCCGCUCUGAACUUAAUGAUUUAUUUUCCAAUUUUGAAACAGUAAAACAGAAGUCCCUUGAAGAACAAGGCCCACGGAGUGGUAUAGAAAAUAAAUUAAAAGAUAUAGAACAGCUUUUGAUCGAUAAGUAUAGACUUGCUACGUUGCAGGAAAUUGCAAAGCAGUUAUCACCUUAUCAAGAAGUCACAGAUAAUGUAGAAUUAACAACCGAAACGGCGGUAAGAUAUCUUGUCGAAGAAAAAGAAAAAGAUAACAACAUUUUCCAUCCUAUUUUAAAAACUCUAAAUCAAUAUCUUUACGAAAAUAGUAAAAAGCAACGUGAGAAGAUCUCUAAAUUUUGCGAAGAAGAGUUACAGAACACCAAUGAAACCCGUGAAAUCCUGACACGCUCGUUAGAAACGUUUAUCUUCGAAGUAGGAAAAUCGGAGGAAGCACAUUUAUGUGUUAAAAAGUACUAUGACGAGUAUAAAGAAUAUUUAAAUGAAGAGAAACAGAGUUUAAAUAUAUCCUGUGAUCAAGAUGUUCUAAAAGAGUACUAUAAAUACAUUCAAGAAAAAGGAUCACUAUCAAAAAGCUACAGGGAAUUAUUGGCGUACGUUUUUAAUAUUAAUAUUAGAUUAUAUACUGAGGAUCAAGAUAACGGAUUAUCCCUGCAAGAAAAUCACAAUUCCCUGUCUAAAAAAACUAUUCAUGUGUUAUAUAAAGCUGACGAAUUAAUACAAUUAAAUAUCAAUAAAAAUUAUUUAAGACUGGAAAAAGAACGUAAAAAGAAAGAUAAUCUUUACGCAAAGAUUCUUAUAGAAAUUGAGUCACUUAAACAAAAACAAAAGUUUGACGAUUAUUUAAAGAAUAAAGCCUUUUUAGCUGAUGGCGUAAUUUCAGAAAAUAAGCAAUAUUUUGAAGAAGAAGAUAUAAAAAAGAUCAUAGAAAACUUUAACUGGGACGGUAAGCAACAACAGUUAAAGACACGGCUAGAAAAAAUUACAUUUCAAUAUAUUGGUCAGCAAGGAAUUUUGCAUAAUAUAUUGAAGCGUUUUUCUAGUGACGGAAAACAUGUGUCUUAUCAAGAAUUAUGCUAUAUAAUAAAUUCAAUUUUAAUUUUUAGUAUUGAAGGCAGGAAAGAACAGAAUACUUUUUCUUGGAUUGUUGCUGCACAUUCUCAACGAAAUUGGAUAGACGAGUUGAUAUUACUGCAGAUCGAAAAUCACUUCAAAAAACAGUUAGAAGAAAAAUCUAAAUGGCGAGAUUACUUAUCGAAAAUAGUUAAUAAAGAUGUUUUACUGUUAUUUGGUGUAAAAUUAGAACAAGGUGGCUCUAUUUCUAUUCAAUGUAUUGAAGACACUUUAUAUCUAUUGAGUAACAUUCCGAAGGAAACAGUUAAUCUAGAAGGCCUAGAAUUAUCCGAGUGGCCUUAUGUACUCAAAGAAAAAUAUUGGUUAUAUAAGCUGUUACCACUAACAAAUUGGCAGAAAAGUGAAAAGUUACCAACGGCUUCUUAUUAUCUUUUAUCUAUAGAGAAUACAUUUGGCACGGAUUUAGUAGAGAAAUUACUCGGAGCACUAAACGAAAAAGAACAAAAAUUAUCUCCUGAUGUGCUUACUAACAUUAUAUUUAACUUUUAUGAUGAAAAAUGGAACUUGAGCGAGGAAGAAUUAGAGACUUUGCCCAAUUGUACCAUUAGUAAAUGGACACAAAAAAUGCAGCAGAAAUUUAUUGGUGACAAGAGAGAACGAGAUAUAACGCAACUAGUCACGCUAAUUAAAGGUAACGGUAAUACCUCAAAGGGAAUUGUUGAUGAUUUAUUAAAGAUUGCGAAUUCGAUCAAAAGUAUUUGUGAUGAAAACUAUGUGGUCGGUGGAAAGUCGGUAAGCAAUUUUACAGAAAUUAAUAUUGAACAUUGGGCGAAAGAAUUUCGAAGUAAUAGUGUCAAUAAAGGAAAGCAGGAUAUUGAAAAGGAAAUGCUUGCUAUAAUAGAUAGAGCGAUAGAGUUAAAAAGAGGAUUUAAGCUACGCGAUACACAAAGAUUAACUGUAUUAACAUUACUGACAAAUGACCAUAAUACCUUAGCACAAGUGUCUACUGGAGAGGGAAAAUCUUUAAUUGUAGUAGCAGCAUCGCUUAUGAAAGCACUCCAUGGAGAGAAAGUAGAUAUUAUAACUAGCUCUCCUGUACUUGCGAAACGCGAUGCUGAGGUCAAUAAAGAUAUCUAUAACAUGUUCGGUAUUAAUGUAUCGCAUAACUGUAGUGAAGAUAUUGAAACAAGAAAGGAAGUGUACUCAACCAACCAGAUCAUAUAUGGUGAUCUAUCUAAUUUUCAACGUGAUUAUCUAUUGGAUAGAUUUUAUGGGAAAAAUAUUUUAGGAAAUCAUAAUUUUGUAAAUGUAAUCGUUGAUGAAGUGGACAGCAUGUUGCUCGAUAAGGGUAAUAAUAUGUUGUACUUAUCUCACGAUCUUGCAGGCUUGGAUAAGCUAGAAUCCGUUUACAUUUAUAUUUGGCAGUGGAUUAAUAGACCAGCUACAGACUACAAAGAAAUUUCCUAUGCUUUUGACGUUAAAGCAAUUAAAGAAGCAGUGCUAAACGAUUUGUAUGGAUCGGUGACAAAAGAAGAUAUUGGAAAACUUGGAUCUAAAUUAAGUGAGCAGCAUAAAAGUAUUAUAUGGGAACGUUUGUUUACAGCUAAGAUAUUGGACAGUCAGGGUAAAUUAUUAAAAGAAAAUAUCGACGAUGAGAAGCUCAAUGAAAUUCUUUUACCUGAAUUCUCUAGUUAUAAAAAUCGACUCAGCCACCUUUUAAACGAGUGUAUUGAAAGAGAAAGAUUUAUACGUGUUCCUAACUAUCUCAGAUCUUUUGUUGAAAAGCACUUGGAAUCCUGGAUUAAUAAUGCCAUAACAGCGUUCUUUAUGAAUGCAGGACAGGAUUAUGUAGUGGAUGUAGAUAGAACUGGAACUAGCCCAGAUCGUAAUCCUAAUAUUACAAUUCUUGAUAGAGAUACAGGAACGGAUCAAACGAAUUCUCAAUGGGAUGAAGCAUUGCACCAAUUUUUACAACUCAAACAUGGAUGUAAAUUAUCUUUGCAAAGCUUAAAAGCUGUUUUUACCUCUAAUAUUUCUUUUUUUAAAUUGUACAGUAACUUAUAUGGAUUAACAGGCACUUUAGGAUCAAAGAGAGAAAGGGAUUUAUUGCGAAAAAUACAUAAUGUAGACUUUGUGACUAUUCCUACAGCUAAACCUAAGCAAUUCCAAGAGGGCAAACCUAUUCUUUGUACUAGCAAAAAGGAAUGGAUAAAUCAAAUAUGUAACGAGAUGAGAAAACUCGUUGAAAAAGAGGAACGGUCUGUUUUAAUUAUCUGUGAAACAGUGAAUGAUGUAGAAGUUUUACACGAAGCUUUUGGGAGAAAAAAUGAAAAACAUGUCCAUACCUAUAUACGUGAUUACGAGGAACUCGAUAUUAUUCAGGGUGACAAAAGGCUGGAACAGGGACAGAUUAUUAUUGCAACGAACUUAGCCGGUCGUGGUACUGACAUAAAAAUUACAGACGGAUUGAGGACAGCAGGAGGGUUGCAUGUUUGCUUAACUUAUUUACCUAACAACAUUCGAAUAGAACAGCAAGCGUUCGGACGAGCAGCCAGAAGUGGAGAUAACGGUUCCGGUCAAUUAAUCAUUAUGGAUUUAAAAGGACAAGAAUAUAGUAAUUCAAGGGUAUUAGAUUUAAAGAAAGAGCGCGAUGCGGAAGAAUUACGUCGUAUAUCAGAUAUUACAGCCUACUAUGAAACUCAAAUUACUAUCGAGGAAGACUGUUUUAAAGCAUUCAAAGAGCAAUACGAACAAUUGAAAAAUGAUCUUGAUGAUAAAACUGUACCUACUGAAGUUAAAGAAAUUCUAUUGCACAGCUGUUUAGAUAAAUGGGCUUUCUGGUUAGACGAAAAUGGUAAAUGUAUAAAGAAUUUGACAGACGAGCAAAGCAAAAGGAAUUUUAAGAGCCUGCUGAAUAAAUUUAUCUCGCAAUUUAAAAAUUCAGAUAUUCGGAAUAGCGAAAAGUGGUUAUCUUUCGUUGAAGGGAAUCCAGUUCAAAUGGUUAAACUUGGAAAGUAUCUCUCUCAAAAUGAGAAGCAUACAAAUGCUCUUGAAAAUGCCAUUGAGCUAUAUUAUAAAGUGAUUAAAAAUGAACCAUAUUUUUCUGAAGCGGCGCAUUAUUAUAAAGCGUUUGCACUCGCAAAAAAAAUUGAUUGGGAACAAAGGCCUAUGGAAGGAGAAAAUAAGCAAACCUUAAAAGAAUUCAAGGAAGAAUUGCGAAAAGCUGCAAGGCUUUUUGAUGUACAUAGUAAAUUUGCUAUGAAUGCUGCGGGUAUUAUCGGUAAAAUUAAGAAAAAUAAUACUGACAGUAUUAUUCAAAUCGAUGCUUACGAAGAACAAAAAAAGAACGUAGCUAACCUUUACUAUACGUUUUCACGAUCUAUAGAUGAUAUUUUUGGCCACAUUAUUACUCCACAAUCUUUUGUUAAUUAUGAUAUUAACGAUGAGUUGGCUGGGAAUCUAUAUAAAGAUCUUCUUGAAAAUGGAAUACUAAAAAAGCCUAAAGUAAGAAAGAACAUUUCCGAAGAAAAGCUAAAAACAAUUAGUUCUGGUUACGGAGUAUCGGUUGAAACAUUGAAAAAUUUUCUUUCUGGACAUCAGGAAAUUAAUGAAAAAGAGUUUCGAAAAGCGUUAAAGAAAGCGGUACCAUUACCUAGUAGAGAAGAAUUUUGGAAAUUACUCAUUCAAGAAGGAGUCUUAAGUAAAGAAGUUAAAUAUGUUGUAGUGGACAAUGAAAGAUUGAAAGAAAUUGAUCUUCUACUAAUGGACUUUCUAAUCGAAAAAGUAGAUAAAAAAGAGUUGAAGAAGCAAUCUCUAGAACACAACAAUAAACAAAUUCUUUUAAAUGUAGAAUGGAUUUCGCAACAAAAAAAUAGUGACAAUAUCUUUAAAAAAGAUGACUUCAUAAAGAUUGUAGGCGAGGACAAAUAUAAAAUACUAAAAGAGAAAAGGGUAUUUUCAUUUAACAAGAAGGCGAAUAUAAAUCCGAGUAAAAUCGAAUCUGCGGUUUUCUCUUGUUAUGACUCUAUUACUAUAGAAGACUUCAUUAAUCAAGCAAAUAUUACUAAAAGUGAAGCUGAGAAAAUUUUAGUAGAGCUUGUUGAACAAAAAGUUCUUAUGAAAAAGGAUAACUCAGAAAAUAGUGCUUACAGAUUAAAGAUCAAAUUUGAUCAAAUAAGGCAAGUUCAGCUUAUUUCCUGUCCAGUUUAUGAGAAUGCUGUAAGAGGAUUAUUGUCUGUAUGCUUUACCUACAGAAUAUUCCUUCAAAAAAUUGUGAAACAGCUAGAAGAAAAAGAAUUUCCUAUCCGUUUGCAAUUAACGAUCAAACCACAUCAAAAGUUAGUUCUGGAGUUACUGGAACAGAAGAUUAUCAGGCCUACUACGGUGACAACUGAAAAUGAAAACUUAGAAGAAAAAUUGAAGAAUAUUUAUAGUCAAACAAUGACUAAACAUAACUUUAAACUUAUGCUUUCUCAAGAUAAGCUUAUUCCAGAAGAGUAUACAGAAAAGCUUUUCAAUUGUUUGAUUCAGAAAGAGUGGCUUGUCCAAUGCAAUCCAAUACAAUCUGUACAAUACGAAGGAAUUGGGAUUAUUAACAAGGAAAAUAUUGAAAAUCUUGCCGAAUCUUUAAUGGGAGAUAUUCUUUAUCGUAUUAAUAGACCCGACAAAAGACAAAUAUCUCUGAACUUUUCUCCCGAUGGAAGCCAUGAAAAUGUACUGAUCAAGUCGCAAAGUAUUGAUAAAACAGUGAAAAAAGUCUUAGAUAACCGAUUACAUCUAACGAAAAAAGAUACAAUUAAUAAUAUUGUCAGCACUUUGAAAAGAUCAAGAAGUUUAUUAAAAGCUUUAAAAGUUCCUGCUAGUAAACUAAAAUCUCUCACUGAAUUUUAUGAUAAAAGUAAAGCUGCAAAUAUAGAAGAAAUGCGCGUAUUUUUUCUUAACGGAUUAGAUCAACUUUUACAAUUAGAAGAGGAGAAAUGGACAAAAGAAAUGCUUUUCAACACUGCGGGAGUAAUUGCUAUUGGGAUAAUCCAAAUAGCUAUAGGUGCUGCAAUAGAGUUGUAUGCAGUGGGUGCUAUGACUCAUGUUGGUAAUGCGUUUAUUAAUGAGGGUGUAAAUGAUCUCAUCUUUGCUGCAGGUGCUUUAAAAUCAGGUUAUUUUAGCUGGGAAGAUUAUAGACGGCAUAAGCUUGAAAGUUUAAUGAUUACAGCCACUACUGUUGGUGUAGGAGCUUACCUUUCAAAAGGCACUAAGUUAUCACGUUACGGUCAUAAACUAGCGGGGCCUAACUUUGAAUAUGGUAUGAAAAUAGCAGAAAUGUCUGGAAAUCGGCUGAUUGAAACUGUUGGUUGGAAAGUAGUAUUGAAGGAAGUUGCAAAGCGUAUUGCGCUAAAAGCAGGAAAAGAUAUAGUAGAUGGAUUAAUUAAUGCAGGAGUUCAUACAAUUGUUGGAAAUAACUUUCAAGUAUUGUGUGAAAACAUAGCCUCUGACAUUUUAUCAAACAUUGAGCAAGAGGUGGAAAAACAUAACAUUUCUAUAAGCUUGGAAAGAGCUUAUAAGACAUUAGGAGAAGAAGGUGCAAGGAAAAUGGUGAAUGAUUUAACCAAUAAUGUUCUUGCUGAACAAAAUUGUGCAGAAAAGUUCUUGCCUAUAGCUAACAAGAUAGCUAGCGGCGUAAGUCAAGGAAUUGCAGAAGCUGUUGGAAAAGGAAGCGAAAUAAGUAGUAUGUUAACAUUGUCUACUCAUAUUAUCAGUCAGGGAAUAAUAUGGUCAGAACGCGGUAUUCAUAUUGCUAAUAUAAGAACAAUUACUGGUAACUUGUUAGAUAACUUAGACAAGAAAAUAAGAGAAAAAUUAGAUAAUAUGCAAGGACAACAUGCAGAACAGGGCUCACUAAAUCAAGAGCAAGAAGGUUAUGAGGAGUUCAAAAAACAAAUGAUUUAUCAAUGGAAGUCACUGCUUCGUGAAAAAGCUGGACGAGUUGUAUCACAGUAUGUUGUAACUCCUAUCCUUAAAAAAAUAGCUAAUGAUCUGGUUCAAUAUGUUGGAAAAAAGAUGCAAGAAGCAUACCAGUCUUACAAAGAAAGUGGAUACCUUGAACGUUUUAAAGAACUGAAACAAGAAUAUCAGGAAGAGUUACAAAGUAGACAGCGCCAUGGCAAUAGACUUACAGUAGAAGAUGAUAUUACAAAAAAAUAUCAUAAAAAUUUGAGACAGCUGAUGAUUAAAACUAAUAAUCCUGACUUACUCGCAGAUAUAGUCCGAGAAAACGUUCCAAUGAACAUGACAUGUGUUGAUGCGUGUACUCAAGUACUACAUAAGAUACUAAAGGAGCCAUUAACAAUUAUUGUUGAAGGAGAUAAUGGUAUAAGACAAAAAUUUUCCUCUGCAUCAGAUGAAGCGGAAGGGAGAAUUAUUAAACUCGCGCUUCAAAAUAAUCAUUUUCAGCUUUAUGGAAGUGGUGCAUCGGAAAGUAAUAGUGUUGGCAAUUCAAAAAAUAAUUGUUUAUAUGAAGCUUUAGCAGAAGCUAUACCUCAGAUCAGAAAUGUGAUGACACAAGAAAGGUUCAGAGAUCGGGUAGCUAAUUGUAUUCAACAUGAUAAAGGAAUACGGUAUCAUAUUCAGCAAGGCUGGCAUCAACUUCCUAUAUCUCUUGGUGCAUUUGGUGGUGCAACUGAAAGAAAGAAAACAGAGCUAGCACAUGAUUUUGAAUCAUCAUCCUUUGAUAAUGAAGGCGACUACAAUCAGUAUCGGUAUAGGGUCCGUAAUAUCUCUAACCAUUUUCAAGCCCGCUUUUAUCGUUAUCUUCGCCUUGGUGGAUUUAUACAAAAGAUUUCCAAUGAAACAAAAGUAACUAGAUGUGAAGUAGUAAAACCUGGAAAAAGUAGACAUCAAGAUCAGCAUAGUAAUAGAGGACCAGAAAUUCAUGCAUCUCAUCCAGUCAGACUUGGAGAGAUUAAUCCCGAGAUAGAACAAUUUGAGACUUUGCGUAAGAAACUCGCUAAUUUUCUGGGUCAUACACAAAAUGUUCCAAAGUGGGCAAAUGUGUGGCACGGUAUAGGUGGAGAUAUGGACAGAUAUCAAGAAGACAAUCUAAAAAUAUUAAACGGAAUAGAUUUUGAUCGAAGUCGACCUACCAGGGUCGAUGUAAUAAGACUGAAAAAGAUGAAGGACUCUUUUCUAGCCAUACUAGACAUGGAAAUUAAUAAAGACGGGCUUGGUGAAACAGAGAAAAUGGCACUCAUAAAUACAAGAACAGCUAUAACUAAAACUACAAUUCAGUCAAUGUAUGAAUACGGAAAAGCAGGUUUAUCGGGUGAAAUCAUGAAUCCGUAUCGAUAGGCAACUACUUGCUAUUGAAUUUUAACGAAUAUUACAAGGUUAAUCGGGUGUUAUUUUCUCUACUGUUCUCUACAUUUUUAUUACGGAAAAUUCAAAUUCUAAAUUAGAAGAAAAUAGAGAAGCAAAUCUUAGGUCUGCAAAGAAGAUUGGUAGAGAUUGUUUCGUGUCUUUAUGUUUAACAUUGUACGGUAAUUUUGAGGUUUCAUGUCCCAAUGCUUUUAUUUCUUCGGCAAUUUCCUUCGGCUCUGUCGUUGGGUGUAAAUUUAUGAUUACCACUCUGAAUGGUUUGUCCUCUUGUUCGGAUCACAGUAUAUUCGUAAACACGUCUUAACUGCUCGAUUGUCAGAACGGAACUGACGAAGAAAACUAAAAUACAGAAAUUACAAGAUCCAAAGACACCAAAAACGGGAUGUAAAUCUUAUAUACUUUACUUUUAAUCAAGGAUUCUAUUUCUUCGUAUAUACAUAGGGUAAUUUAUCCGUUAAAGAAUGUCAAUUCUCAUCAGACUGAUAAUGCUUUGCCAGUAAUUUUACUACAGUUGACCCGACAAGUUUAAUUCCUAAAGAAGUUAACAUUUUUCAACUGUUAUGGUUCAUCUACUCUUGAUAGAAUCCGGUAAAUUAGAUAUAAAUCUUUCUCCUCAUCUGUUUAGCACGCUUAAGUUGAAUUUUUUUAGUUUUUCUUCCAAAGCGAAAAUGUUGGAUAUUUCCCUUAUUAAACCGAAAUCAUAAAAGAACUUAAGGUGCUUAUCGGCAAGACCAGUAAUAUCAAGACCUUUCUCGGAAACAAAAUAUUUUAACUUUUCUACUUGCUAUGAUUUUUCAACAAUAUUGACAUGGAGAACAUUCAAUAAUAUUUAACAAUAACAAAAAAUUUAUUCUUGUAACGAGGACACCAUCGAUAUUUAUUGAAACUACAUAAUUGAGUAACUAGAGCAAAAUUGACCUGUGCGACCAACUUGUACUAAUAUUUACUCUAUUUCAGUUUUUUCAUGAGCUGCAGGAAAUCUAUGAGCUAUGGAUCCUCUUAGUGCGCUGUUGGUAUUUCCUAAUUUAUCGUGCAAUUUCAGUCAUUAACCCUAUAAACUAUGCUAUUGAUAUCAUAGCCUAAAUUAUGACGAUUACUACAGAGUUGAUUAUAGAACUAUAACAUGGCGUCUAUACUGUUUGCUAAAAAUUUAUAUCAAUUAACACAGAACUCUAAUUCUUUUAAUUUGUUUAAUACUUCAAGCUGGGUCAUUUCUGUUUUGCCGAUCGAAGAAUAGGUGAAAUAUUUCAGCAGCUUAUCAGCAGCAACUUCUGGAUACAAUUGUCUUAACUAUUUGAGUCCCACCGGUUUUCGUGAAGCCCACUCGAAAAAUACCAAGCGGCGUGAUCGCGCUUCUUUCGUUUCAAUUCAGAAACUGAAUGACGCUUUCCUAUUUUUACAAAAUCAAAUUUUAAAUAGCAUAAUCGUUACAUUUCUCCAGUUCUAAACGUGUAAUAACAAAAAUAAGAAUGAAUAAUUAGGAGGAAACCAAAUAAAGCUUCAUCUGAUUCUACGAACCGGUAGACUGACAUUUUUAGGCAAUGUAACGGAGAAGCGCGAUCGCGCCGCUUGAGACUUACACGAUUAAUAAACGUCUUAAUAAACCGAUAUAAUAUCGGUUCUGAAGAACCGAAACCGAAACCAAUAUAGCUCAGAACCAAUAUAUUGAAUAUCAAUUAUGAUUUAUUUCGGUUCUUCAUAACUGUUGCAAAAAUCGAAACGGAUAUCAUAACUGUUUUCAAUCCGUGCGCCGAGUAAAGCCCUACCUCCCGAGCGUACCAGUCUUGGUGUUCCGUCCUGUACCGAACACCGUAAGUAGAAAUUCUCGUAAUUUAGUUUAUAACAUGAACGGGAUAGACAGUUUAUUUUAGUGUUUAUUCUUCGUCAAUGUUUUAGAGUCUUAGUUUCUACAACCGGCAGUUGUCCGUCACGGUAGUAAAGUUUAUCUUGGUUUUUUGAAAUUCCAUACUAUGGCGUUAGAUUUUCAUUUCAUCCGUCAAUUUCAUUUCAUAACCGAACAGAUCAUAAACUCGGCUUUUCCGAAGGGUCGGCUAAAAUAUGUACACGACGACACUUCCAGGCAAGAGCCGACCUGAAGGAAAUUUUCGCAACCCAUCGAAACUUCGAAAAUGCCCCCAUACUCGUACUUUGCCCUCACCCCGCUCGGAAAGGGGCUGCUUAAAGGGCGUUAGCUAGGUUUUAAGAAAUGGCAAACAUGCAUUGAUUGGACAGACAAGAAGACUCAGCAUACUCGACACGAUACGAGCUGUCGUAUGCUGAGGAUGACGAGGAGAUAGAUAGUGGGCCAGUCAGCUUUCACCACAUAGUGUGAUAGUCACCUAAGAUACAGUCCACUUAAUACACAUACGACAGGACUUCAUCCAACGAAGUUCCACGCGUCGUUUAAUUGUAGCUAAAAUAAUUUUCGACACUAUGGCGCACAAACACUUGGAUUGCGCCGAGCGCGUUUAGGCUUAAGGACCCAAUGUUUAU